AUGGCCUCCUCUCUCGCGGCGCAGCUGUCGCAAAUUGCGGCCAAGUCAUCCCACGAGCUUGACCUUAAGAAGCAACGGGUCACCCAUUCACAGUCAUUAAUUUUUGACCGGAAGGUCGCCUCUACGCAAGACUUCGAUACUAUCUAUGACAUAUGUUAUGAUGGAUUCCGGGAGCUUUGUUCCCUAGAUGCUCGGUUUGAGGAGUUCGGGCGAUCCAUCUUCAGCGAGCAGAGCAAGGCCGAAGAUCGAACUCAACUGAGCAGCUCACAAAACAAGGAGUUGGAUGCUGUGAUUGAGUCCUUCCUCGCUCUUGUUGGGGGGCGCCUGCAGUUGAGUCCCGCAGUUAAAGCUGUGGACUGGCUGGUCAGACGAUUCAGGGUUCAUGAAUAUAACACGUCUUGCAUUCUACUGACAUUCCUUCCUUAUCACACGACUCCCCUCUUCCUCAACCUACUCUUGAUCCUGCCCAAUGACCUGACUCCGACAUUCAAAGUCCUCUACCCAUAUAAGACUGGCCUCAUCAAUCCGCCGCGGCAUCCCAUUGUGCACAGUGCCACCACAAACAAAGCAUUCUUCGCAGCGCUGAACGAAUAUGUCCUCAAAGCCUGUCAGCAACAGUCCCAGAGCCAUGCAUUGCUUUCCUUCUGGGCUGGUAUCAUCACGGAGGCUGUGGCAGGCAUGCUGGAUAGCGCUCGUUCUGGUCGGAGAGAAGCUGAGAAGCAAAAACAUGAGGAUAUCCUGAUUCGUGUUCUGCCCCUUUUGAGUCGGGCUUUCGCAAUGAGGAAGGUCUCUGAGCUGAUCGUCAGCUGCUAUAUGAUCUCUGUUGUGCUUGCCCAAAAGGCCUCCCUCACUGAUGAUGUCCUGGAUGGUUUGAUGGAGAGUGUGGUCACCUCUUGGACAGAAGACACCCUCGGCUCCGGUCUGAUCUGUCUUUCAGUUUUGGCACAACAGAAAUCGUCUGCCAAUCUUCCCAGGAAGGUUUUCAAGUCUAUCAUACGGUUAGAGCACCCAGUGAAGCAAUUGUCCGAGGUUACAACUCAGUAUCAGACUUCCAAGCUUUUACUCGGCCUUGUUGCAGGGUGCGUCAGCAAUCUUGAUAAGCAUAAGGAUAAUGCCCGUCUCUCCCUUCUCUCGUCCAUUUUCGAGAACACGGUGCUGCAAGGCGAUGAUAUCCAAGCAGCCAUGGCGCUCGUCCUGAAGGCUGCAAGUGACUCGGAUGAGGCCCGUGGAAUGUCUCUGGAUGUUCAGACUUAUCUUGCUGAACUUGUUCAGGGAUUCAGUCGGUCCAGCUCUCUGCAACCGAUUUUCCAGAAGACUUUGGCCGAGACAUCUCUUAACAUCCCUGCUCUUGAGCACAAUCUCCAAACUGUGGUUGAGGCACCUGCACUUCCCCCGGUUAUUGAAGAUGUGGAUAUGAAAGACGUGGAUGAGGAGGAUCUGGACAACUUCACACCAGCCUUUGAAUCCUUGACCAACGAGCCCCUGUUCCCAACAUCUUUCCUCAGCAAGCAGUCCAUCCCUGAGUUCGAGAACCUGGUGCAGGUGUUCGCACUGGCCGGUGAUUCAGAGGUUCGAAUCGAACAAUUCACCAGCCUGCCGAUUUUGGGCAAGAACAACGUUUCAAACAGCCCGCAAUUCAUCUCAUUCUUCAUUCGUGUCCUUUCCGGACCCUUCCCCAUUGGCACCAAGGUUGCUGCAUUGAACAUCCUUUCCUCGGUGUUGGUGUCGACAUCGGGUGAAAUAGAUCCUCAAGCACUGCUGCCCUUCCUGAUCGUUGGCCUCACAGACCCGUCGGAACGCAUCCGUCGCGAAACUGCUGGAGUUCUAGCCAUCCUCGGCUCUUUGUACAAGAGCAACAAAAAGCUCGAUGCGAUCAAACCCUGGGCUUCUGAUGCUAUCUACGGAAAGGGCAAGGGAUCUACUGGCAUUCAGUGGCUAUCUUCGGCCGAUGUAUACAAAGUUCUGGAGCACGCGAUUCUACCCGCGCUUGAGGAGUAUAUUCUUGAUCCCAAUCACAUCAGCAAAGUGAUUGACGCUACGAUAAGAGGGGCUGUGCUCUCAGAGAAUUCAGGUGCCCAGGAGCUGAAGAAAUCUCUCCGAUCAAGUCUGUUCACUUUCCUCUGCUCGCAUGUUAUCAACAUGCCGGUAUUUUCUCCCAAGUUCACUUUGCUGCGCAUUCUCAACAAUGUCAAAAAGGUUUCAGGUACUACUCGCACUAAGGAGCUUCUUCCUCUGCUCGAGUAUUGGCGUGAUCUCAGCCAAACCGAGGUGGAUGACCUCUGUGCCAAGGAGCGCUUGUCAACCGCUAACAGCGAAGGCCUAGUCGUCGCUAUUGUUGCUUCUAAGGACGAGGACGCAUUCGAAACCCUUCUGUCCAGCAUUGCCCAUCGUGUCAAAUCUCCCAGAACUUCCUUCGUAGUGGCCGUCUUUGAUCGAAUCAAGGAUAUCUGGCCCAAGGCUCUGGAAGAACGUCAAUUGGUCGCAGCUCAAAAGCUACUGGAUAUUUCCCUUGGUUUGUCCACUGGGGAGACGUCCCUGGCCGACUAUUGCCGUGAUGUUUUGCACAGUGUUGAGCUGUCUGGGCCUGUUCUGGUCAACUUUGUCAAGAAGAUUCCCGUUUCUCUAACUGACAUCGAAUCGCUGGGACCUGCCCCGAAGCGACGACGAACAAGCCAAAACAACAUGGUUGCUAUGACUGUCAAGGAUGAGGCGGAGCUGAGCAAGCUCAUGGACAAGAUGACUUUCAUCCUUGAAAUUAUCGAUAGCUCGAAUCCCGGCUCUCACCCUGAGCUGGCAGACGGUCUCUUCCAGACACUUGCUGCCCUCCACCACUUCAAGUCCCAGAUUCAGUCCGGUAUGAGCUAUCUCCUGAGUUUGACUCUGGGAAGUCUUUUGGCUAUUGUAAACAAUUCCAAGGGAUCCCCCAAGCCCCUAUUCGAUACUUCGGUUAUUCGCGCGGAUCUGGUCGUGGAUUGUGUGCGGACGACCGACAGCCCCCAGGUUCAGAAUGCUGCUCUUCUGCUCGUGGCUGGACUCUCUGUCAUUGCUCCAGAGCUUGUCCUCCACAGUGUGAUGCCUAUCUUCACGUUUAUGGGAUCUAGCGUUCUCCGAAAGGACGAUGACUAUUCAGUUGCUGUCAUCGAUCAGACUAUCGAUCAGGUUGUUCCAGCACUUAUCCAAUCUCUCCGCAAUCAGAAGCGCGAUAUUGUUUCGGGAACUUCUGAGCUGCUCCUCAGCUUUACUGCUGCCUUUGAGCAUAUUCCCUCACACCGUCGUCUUCGCCUCUUCCAUGCCUUGAUCACCAAGCUUGGCACUCAAGACUUCCUGUUCGCCGUUCUCGCCAUGUUGGCCAACCGAUAUGCUACCGAUAAGGAUGUUCUUACCUUGAUGACAGGCGUGGCCUCAGACACCACUCCUGUUGUGGAGCUGACCACUUACAGCAAGUAUCUGAAUCUUGUCAUCGACGCCUUGAAGCCCAAGCCAGGAAUCUCCAAGGUUCUCCUUGGCAUUGGUAGCGAUGACGGUCGCGACCCCCAGAAGGUUGCGGUGGAUCUGCUUCGCGAUCUCGCUCACUUGCUCAAACACUCGUCUCUCAAGGCCAAAUUGGAAGCUGCGUUCGAGAUUGAGAACGAGGUUGCCGAUCAAGUCCGCGCUUGCUUCUCUCGGGUAUUGGAACAGGUUCUGGGCAUUGGUGAGUCUGUGCAGAGCAUGAAGCCUGUUAGCCAGGCCUGUGGUGACGUUUUGGGAUCGCUGUUCGGUACACUGUCUCUUGUCGACUUCCUGGAUACCAUCGAGGUUCUGCUUGAAGGACCCAAUGAUGAUCUUCGACGCAAGGUGCUUCGGUUGCUGGAGAACCGUCUCCGUCAAACCCCUGAACGGGAUAGCCAGUCUCAGAUUCGUGUGCUCGACUUCCUGCCUACCUUGGUCGCCAUUGUUCAAUCAUCUCCAGAUUCGCUUCUCAAACAUGCUGCUGUUGCCUGCAUUGAUCGCAUCACUGAGAAGUAUGGCCGUAAGGACCCCGCAAGGGUUAUCCCUGCUGCCCAGGUUGUUGCCAGUGCCUCCUGCCUUGGCCACGAUGAUGAGCGUAUCCGCAUCAUAGGUGUCCUGUGCCUCGCCUCCAUGGCUGAAGUCCUGGGUCAAGCUAUGAUUCCGGCUCUUCCCGACGCGAUGAGCCGGUCUCUGGAGUUGCUGGAGCUGAGCCUAAUCCCCGACAAGGAGAACUCGCGCCUCCAUGAUGCCGUCUUCUCCCUCUUCUCCGCUCUGCUUGUCAACCUACCAUUCAUGAUCUCGGCUGGUCAUCUCGACAAGAUUCUGCGGCUUGCAUUUAAGUCUACCGAGGCAGAUCUUGCGGAAAGCUCUGACGAGAGCCGCUUGGAAACUCUUCGCCUAAUGGCCUCCCGCAAGAUGGACCUCGCCACUACACUUGGUGCUAUUGAUCGCAACUGGCACCAUGCUGUUGAGACCGGCCCCGCUGCUGUCAACGAGACCCUGGUGGUCCUCGCACUUGCUGUUGAGAAGAACCCCAAGUCGGCGGUCGUCAAGAACGUCAAUGUCUUGUCGAAGAUCCUCUUUAACGCUUUCGAUCUGCGCCGGGAGCAGACCAGUCUUGGUGACGCAAGUGACUUUGACUCCUCCGAUCUUGACGAAGCUGAGAGUGCCUUGAACGAUAUCACCAUCAAGAUGAUCUACAAGCUCAAUGACAGUACCUUCCGCCCGCUCUUCAUCAAGUUUGUUGAAUGGGCCACCACUGGUGUCUCCAAGAAGGACGAGCAAGGCCAGGUUUCGCGACUCACCACUUUCUACACCUUCCUCCAAGUGUUCUUCGGCACCCUCCAGUCCAUCGUCACUGGAUAUUCCAACUACAUUCUGGAGAAUGUCGUCGAGAUUUUGGGCAAGGUUGGCCCCGCCAAGACGACCAAGGCCCUUUGGCUUGCCGCUCUGCGUACACUUCGCAACUCGUUUGAACACGACCAAGAUGAAUUCUGGCAAUCUCCCUCGCACCUGGCCAGCAUCUCCGGACCUCUCGUUUCCCAGCUUGCCCAUGCUACCACCUCCAAGACUGCUGCACUUGUUGCUGAAGAAGUCGUCCCCGCCAUUACCGAGCUGGCUGUUGCUGCCGAUUCCACCGAUAACUACAAGGAGCUCAACAUGGCUCUGAUGAAGUACCUUCGUCCUUCGACGGCUCCCAAUGCGAAAUCUGCGGGAGGUGAUAACCCCUUCACCCGCCUUGCUGCCCUCAAGGCUGAGCAGGCCCUUACUGAGCAGCUUGGGGAGGAAUGGCUCUCUCUGCUUCCUGAGAUGUUGCCGUAUAUCAGCGAGCUGAUGGAGGACGAGGAUGAAAGUGUCGAGAAGGAAGUCCGGAAAUGGGUGAAGCAAAUCGAGGGCGUCCUUGGUGAGCGUCUUGAUGAUAUGUUAACCUAG